CCGUUCCGGUGCAGGGAGCUGCUUCAGGGAGUCACCAAUAUGGCGACGGUGCUAGACAUCAAGAUCAAGAGAGCCAAUAAAGUCUAUCGGGAUGGGGAAAUCUUAUCAGGUGUGGUGGUGGUGAUGAGUAAGGACACAAUCCAGCACCAGGGAAUUACUCUGACCAUGGAGGGGUCGGUCAACUUGCAGCUCAGUGCCAAGAGCGUUGGCGUUUUUGAAGCUUUUUAUAAUUCAGUAAAGCCCAUUCAGAUCAUCAGCAACUCAAUGGAAAUGGUCAAACCCGGAAAACUUCCCAGCGGCAAAACGGAAAUCCCCUUUGAAUUCCCUCUGAACGCGAAGGGGAACAAGGUCCUGUAUGAAACCUACCAUGGCGUGUUUGUGAACAUACAGUACUCCCUCCGAUGUGAUAUGAAGCGCUCCCUUCUUGCCAAGGACCUGACCAAGUCUUGUGAGUUCAUCAUUCACUCGUUGCCCCAGAAAGCCAAGUUACCACCGACCCCUGUGGACUUUACUAUUACACCAGAAACUCUACAGAAUGUUAAAGAGAGAGCCUCCCUGCCCAGAUUCCUCAUCCGAGGGCACCUGGACUCCACCAACUGUAUGAUCACUCAGCCUCUGACUGGGGAGCUGCUGGUGGAAACGUCCGAAGUCGCCAUUAAAAGCAUUGAGUUGCAGUUGGUCAGAGUGGAAACCUGCGGAUGUGCUGAAGGUUACGCUCGGGAUGCCACAGAGAUUCAGAAUAUCCAGAUCGCAGAGGGAGAUGUGUGCAGAGGGCUCCCUAUUCCCUUAUACAUGGUAUUCCCCAGGCUGUUUACCUGCCCAACGCUAGAAACGACCAAUUUUAAAAUAGAGUUUGAAGUGAAUGUUGUCAUUAUCUUUCACGACGAUCACCUCGUCACAGAGAACUUCCCUCUCAACCUGUGUCGCAUGUGAUUUCCUGGACGAAUCAGGCGCUUUCCCGCGUAACCAUGGGGACAGAAGGACCUCCCACCAGCAAACGUCACUUUCAAUGUACUAAUCAACCAUUUGUUUUCACUAUCCCCCCUGCAGCACAGUGAUGAAAGCUAACUGCUGAUUGGUUGCUUUCUGACUGGAACGAGCCACAGCAUUGGAAUGGACCAAAACAGCUGGGGGGGGGGGAAACAUGGCACUUGUUACAGUGUUAAUACAGAGUUUGAAAAAUGUAAAUAAAUUGCACUUAUUUAGAA